AUGGUACCUCACAUGGUAGAACACAUGCGCCGUGAUCAGAAAAACGUGAGUUCAAACCCCGGAUUAAAUUGCUGGUGCCGACCCAAUGAAAGAGCUGAUGUUAUUUUUAUAUUUGAGGAAUCGUACAGCACAGGGGAAUAUCCUAACUCGGCUCCUAUGGAAUGGAACUACCAAAAGCAAUUCUUGUCCAAGCUAGUGAACCAAAUGUACAUAGACCCAGACAAUGGGAUAAGAGUGGGCGCCGUGACGUAUAAUACGGACCCAGAUUGGCGCUUUGAUCUCAACACUUACACCACUAAGAGCGAUAUUCGGAAUGCUAUUGAAGGGAUAUCAACAGACAGGUGGUCGAACAUGUACGAAAACGACACCGACUACUCAGACAAGGCCCUGAAUUAUGCAUACACCAACAUGUCCCAGGCCGAUAAAGGGGACCGACCAGACGCCCCCAACUAUUACAUCUACACGUCAGACUCUCUCUUCUCAGCAGACGAUCCCUACUCAGAAGUACAAACUAUACGAAGCGGUGGGGAUAACUACGUCUGGGCUAUCGGGGUGAAGGACGCCGCCUCCCAGACAAAACUGUCUCAGUCUGUGGGGGUGGAUGGGAGGUACUUCACGGGGUCCAGUUUUUCCGCUAUCAAUACAGAUGAGUUCGCCCAAAAGAUGUGGGAGGCCUUCAGUGGGUGUCCAAUCACAGAUCCAGCCAUUGGAAAAUACUAUUGUUUCCAGGUUCCUCUUUUAUAUUUUGAAGAACCAAGUUCAGCUUCUGCCCUCACGGAAACCUGUGAACAGGAUACAGGAAUGAUGUUCCUGAUGCAGGACCCUUUGUUUGAGAUUAAUUGCUGUGGCAUAAUAACCGCCUGGGAGUUUUAUCCUUGUGCUGUUGGAAUCGUCCAGUUUAUGGUUUGGUCCCUGAAAUCAGGAACAACAUACGAACUCAAGGCCAUACAGGAAGUGGAGAUUCUGGAUUCUGAUCUCCAGGGAAAUGUAAAAGCGUUUAAUUACACUGUUCCCGAGGAUCAGCGUAUUGCUAUUGUGGCUGGGGAUAGAAUUGGGUGGAGAGUCUCUUCAAGAAACAUUAUAUCAUACCAACCUUGCACAUAUUCAACUGACAGAUUUUGUCCACAGAACAUAUACCGUAAUCAAUACACAGAUGACCCGUAUGAAUACAUGUUGUUUGAUUGGUCAGACAGUCAAGGAAAUGCAAGCUCGUCAACAGUUGAGAAAUUGUCAGAGAGAGGAUAUACAAUCAAAGUGUACGCCAACAACAAUACACAGGUGUCCUUUGAGGAGUCGAUGUACCUGACCUCUGCUGCUGACCACUGGCCGAUAGGGACAAGUUUCUCCUCCUAUACCAUCCUAGGUCAAGAUUACAAAGAAAAUGUCACUUUGUCUUGGGCACUGAGAAACAAAUAUAUUGACCUUAAUGAGUCGUUUAGUUUUACCCAAGUAGCGCGGCAGCUGGAGCCCUCAGAGAGCUCCCAGGGUUUGGCGGGAUAUAUGGCGAAGUUAAAGGUGGUGGACACCUGCCGUCAUACAGCCACCGCUACCUUCAGUGUCGAAACCUUUAACGGGCCACCAAUCAUUACCAAUUUUCCGAAAGAAAUGUCCUUGCCGGAAACACAGGGCGGAAGUGAGUUGGUUUACAAGGUGGCAGUGUAUGACCCCACAGUGCCCCCUGAUGCCGUCUGCUGUACAUUAGAGAGUGUUCGACCUCAGACACUAAACUUUGAAAUAAAACUCAUCAAUGGGACAGAAUUCGUCAUUUUUACAUAUGAAAAGCCAGUAUUUGCUUACCGUGACGUUAAUUCUUACAUGUUGUCUGUGUGUUGUGAGGACGGAUUUGGAACCGUCAAGGGCAUCUUAAAAAUUGACAUCACGGAGGUUAAAGAAAAAGAGGUUUACAUUCCUCCUACCUGGUUCUAUACCUCCCUGAUCGCCAGUCUUUUGCCUAUCUCCACCAUGUUCAUGAUCAGCUGUUUUCUGAUGAACUACACCAUGUUUUUUGUCGACUGAAAAUAAAGAACUGAAUCUUU